UCGAGGUAAAGCAGAAGAAUUUAAAAUGAACGGAUCGUUAAUACUGCAUGUGUGUUUUGCUAUGGCAUGUAUGAUAUCGUGCAUCAUGGCACGGAACGCCGUAUAUUUCCCCGGAGCCGUACGGGGCAUUUACGGGUACUCGUACAGCGGAACAGCUAAUUACAACGAGUAUGCAAGACAAUACAAGAAGCCCGUUGUACUGGCAGGAGGAUACCGGGGCGGAGCACUUCGAGUGUCCGGGGGUUAUCGUGGUGGACCACUCCUGGCGGGAGGUUAUCGGGAUCUUUCUCCGGUUGACUACUAUGACGAUUUGGUCGCAACGCACGAUUAUUAUGGCGGCGGUCUGUACGGUAGAGGAUACAGGUCCCGCGGGAGCGGAUACCCCUAUAGCUAUAACUACUACUGAGCACUUCAUUCUCUUUUUAUGCUAAAUGUCGUUAUGCAAAGAGGGAUGGGCAUAAUUUAUUGCCGCCACUAUUGCCUCAUUCAUGCCUAGCAAAGCUAACUGAGCAGGGAUAAAUAUCGGAAGAUAAAAAAAACGGACAGCAUAUACUGUAUCUGGCGAAAAACAGCCAAUAAAUGGAGACACAUGAACCUGUUAACAUGACAGGACAUUGUACAUUAUGCUCCCUAAUUCCUAGUAAAUACAUGAAAUAAAGAUCCGAAAAAAGAAUGGGGUUAGUUGUACAGUUUUGUCUGCAAAAUUACUUUGUCACCUUCUUCGUACUUUCGUCUCUGCAAGGAGAGUCGAAAGAUAAUUUGUUAGGUUUCAUUCCUGAGCUCGUAAAAUGGGGCGAAGUAAAGUUAACGAAAUGUCUUAGUUGUGGGUUCGGCAAGCACUAAAAUUUGCCAGCUUUUUUACUUUCAUGCGGUGCUUUGCCCUGAAAAUGAUUACACCUUUCAUUCAAGACCUUCUGCAAUGCUUGCACUGUUUCGCACUUAGGCUUUUUCUGUUACGUGUAAUUUUUUGCGCUGAAAAUUUAUGCCACUGCGUCCAUAACGACUUCUAACUUAAAAACAUCCAGUUGAAAAAAACAGUUAUUGAAUAAUUGAUUAAACGAUAGUGCGCUACAUCAUAUAAGAAAGGGGUUUUAGCGCUUCAGGGCUCAAGGUACAUGUUCGGACCGCAAACGUCACAAGGCAAUACUGAACUAUCUGGGCCAUUGUUUACACAGUAGGAGUUAGUCGUGCCACCUUCAGGAAUCUUCUGCAUCCAAAUGCGAUUAUGUUAAAGGCGAUUAAGUAAGCAGCCAUAUAAGUCCAGCAAAAAUCGUACUGCUAACAGUGCACAGUAGAUUUGAACAAUGCAAAAAGAAGAAAAGAGUGAUUUCUACACAAAACCUACAGUAUGAGUGAAAAAGGGGUUUUCAACAACAGGCUUAAUGCGUAGCAUUCGGAUCUAACUAAUGGAAAAUGUAAUCGAGUUUUGGAAAUACACGACGAUUGCAGACUGCGAUCGACUGAAGAGGUAGACGACUGUAAAAAAUAAUUGUCUUCUAUGGCAACCUUUGAUUCUUCAGUUAUCCAGUGAUUUUUAAUAACAUACCUUGGACAAAAACUGUCUAGGCACAAAUUAUUGUUAUUAUUAUUAUUAUUACCAAUAUUUGAAUGGAACGCUCCGGAGGAAUUAAUCAAACUUGAGUAUGGAACGCUAAAUUAUUUAUAUUUUUUUAUUACUUUGCAACCCUUCGAUCGAUCUUUUCAUAGGCGACAAAGUACCCUUUUCUGCCUAGCCUGUAACUCAAGUAAAGCUACUCUCUCAACCUGAGAUUACUAUUCAAUAGAAAAUACAUUCAUUCGCAUGACUAGAAAGUUUUCACUGAACAUAUAUGGUUAUAACUACGGUUCGGUCAUAACUACUCUAGAAGACCUAACUUUUAAACUUUAAAAAAAAAUCUCGCAAAAUAUUAAUGUUUUAAGAUACUAAGAUUAUAAUAAAAAAUUAUCAUAUAAUUUAAAGGUUCGACUAAAUAUUUGCGUGUCCGCAGCGUCCUACAGUGUCGACAAGCAAUGAUCUUUACUGAUUGAUUAUUUUUAUAUGUAAAAAGCGCUCUUCUUGAACCUUUUCUUCACAUACUCAUAAAGAUGAAUAACUGGUAAAUGUAUAUAUAUAAUAUUGUAAGGCAGAUAUGUCUGAAGUAGUUGAAGGAUCUCGUCUGACACGAGACAAAUUACUUUAGUAUUUGUCCCUUUUUUUCUGUGAUAUUAAUGACUAUGAUGGAGUUAAAAAUAGUUGUUCUUGGAUAAGUUAAAGUCGACUAUUAUGCCCGCGUUGUAACCAUAUAACUGUAGUUACACACUCUACUCCUUGUUAAGUAAGAGACCAUUCAUGAGAUAAAUAGCCACUUGUACACGGGGGCUUUUCAGCUUGUUAUACGUUCAGUGCUUGUUUUCAGGUGUUUUUAAUUCGUUGUGUCUGUGUUAGAUUAUUUUCCACUCAAUCCACAUUUUUGUCUAAUAAAAUUCGUUUUCAAUCAAAAUUUACGAAAAUCACCAUACAACAAAGCCGGAGUUGGGCUUAUAUACAAAUUUUCGUCCGAAAACUAGUAAACGGUAAGAGCUUGCUUAUAAGAUAUUGUUUCGAAAUGUAUUUUGUUGCUUUGUCUUUCUAAAUUUUGGUUUAUUUUAAAAAGGGUUCCACAAUGAGCUAACGAAUUUGGUGUAAUAUGAAUUUAAAAUAUCUGUGACAGAGCAUGCAGUGACUGAUACAAGAUCUACCGGCGUUUGUCGAAGGCCGAAACGGUUGAACGUUAUGUGAGUAAAAGAAAUUAUAUUUCUACCAUUACCGUAGUAUUCAUAAGAUAA